AUGAACACGCGACUUGAGUUCGUCUACAUUGACAGUUUGACCCCCCGGCGAUUCUAUUCCCCAAUUGACGAGACUAUGACCUCCGCCCCUACAAUCCUUGCCAGCUGCAAACAAACUCGAUUCCACCUUCUAGAUGACAAUCCUUCGCCGGAAAUAGACAUAGAGGGUCUUUCAAUAACCGUCACAUCAGCUCACGACUCAGCUGACGAUGCCCCGAAAACAAAAUCGAAAGGAAAAUACAAGGCCAAAGCAACAGGACGAGAGCUUAUAUCAGAUGGACACCUUCGGCUAAAGGGAGGCAUUCAUUAUGGAUUAAUUGGACGAAAUGGGACUGGGAAAUCAACCCUUCUGAGGGCGAUGGCUGAAAAGCUUAUCCCUGGGAUCCCUCACCCAACUCGAAUUGCAAUCUUACAACAGACGCAAGAUCAAGAUGAUUCGGGAAGUACAUACGGUCUGAACCUGGAGAAGACAGUCUUGGAGUCUGUACUUGGCAGUGAUGAGGCCAGGAACGAGGCAGUUCGCUUAGCCGAUGUCCUUGCCAAGAGUUUUGAAACAGAGGACCCAUUGGAGCCUGUCCAUGCCUUUCGUAAAAUCAGAUAUGAGCAGGCAGGAAAGAAACUCUUUCUUGCUCAAAAGAAUGCGAACCUUAAGAGUGGUGCGAGAGGCCUACAGGCACGAAAGGAUGUGAAAGUUGCCGAAUCAAAGCUUGAAUCAACGGAAGAAUUACUUUCUCAAGGACCCGAUGCUAUCGAUGCCGAGGCAGUACAAGUGGAUACACAGGAAGCAGCCGAGAUGCUUCAGAAUCUACAAGCUCAGCUUGAGGAUGUAUAUCCCCCCCCGGCCCCGACCCCGGCCCCUCAACCUCACCUAUCACGUUGGAUCCAGCUGAUAGUUAUAAAGCUCAAACUUGCAGACAUCGAAAACGAAGCCCGACGAAUUCUACGAGGUCUCGGAUUCAAAGAAGAAACUCUGCAGAGAAAGGUAGCUACGCUAUCAGGAGGGUGGCGAAUGAGAUGCAUGCUCGCAAGUGUUCUGAUUCAGAAGCCCGAUGUCAUGAUUCUCGACGAACCGACCAAUUUCUUGGAUCUACUAGGAGUAGUCUGGUUAGAAAACUACCUCCAACAACUCCGCGAGACAUCAGAAACCACCAUUCUCUUCGUUUCUCACGACAAAGAGUUUGUCAACGCUGUCUGUGAAGAAAUCGUGAUUCUCAGAGACCAGAAGCUCAACUACUUCCGCGGCAACCUUACGGCCUAUGAAAAAUACCAUGAAGAACAGAAGCUGUACCUGGGGCGUAUGAAAGAGGCGCAGGAGCGACAGAUUGCCCAUAUGGAAGCUACUAUCCGGGAAAAUAUAAAGAUCGGAAAGAAAACGAAUGACGAAAACAAGCUUCGACAGGCAAAGUCGCGACAGAAAAAAGUUGAUGAUCGGAUGGGACUCCAGGUUGGUCCGAAUGGGGUUCGCUUCAAAUUGAGUCGAGAUCUUGUGCGACCAGAGAUCGUUGUACCAACCGAUGAGAGAGGAGCGAGUAUGAGUUUACCUGAUGCUACUGCGCUACGAUUCCCAGGACCACUGGUCUCUUUGGAAGGUAUUACAUUCCAAUAUAAGAGGAAUGAGCCGGGUAUUCUGGAUGAUAUCAACAUGGUUGUUCAUAUUGGCGAUCGAGUCGGCAUUAUGGGUCUCAAUGGAUCAGGAAAGACAACUUUGAUUCGGAUAUUGACUGGGCAGCUUAUCCCAUCUAAGGGUAAAGUGACCACCCACUCCCGACUCAAAAUGGGGUAUUAUGGUCAACACUCUGUUGAGGAGCUUCAGGAACGGGGAAGAGAGGAGCCCAGUCUCACGGCUCUCAGCCUCUUGAUGACCGAAGCAGAUGGAUCCCUCAAUGAAGGUGCAGUGAGAGGGCUCCUAUCAUCUAUGGGAUUGCAAGGUCGCAUUGCAUCUGAUGUGCCUGUAAGCAAAUUGUCGGGUGGACAGCUAGUCCGCCUUGCCCUUGCACGUAUUGUCUGGAGUGCCCCGCAACUUCUCAUUCUCGACGAAGUUACAACGCACCUAGACUUCCAUACUGUUACGGCGCUCGCAACAGCACUCUCCUCCUUCAACGGCGCCAUUAUCCUCGUAUCCCACGACCGAUUCCUGAUCCGCUCCGUUGUGGAAGGCAAACGUGAUACAGAGCAUAGGCUCGAUGAUGACUUUGAGGGGUUAGAGGAAGAGACAGAAGAAAGCACAGCUCGCAGCCGAGCUGUGUAUGUGGUUAAAGCGGGCAAGUUGAACAAGCAGUCGAACGGGGUGGAGCAGUUUGAACAGAGCCUCGUCAAGCGAGUGCAGAAGAUGCUGUCGAAAUAG